AAGCCCGCGAAAGAGGAGAAGGAAAAACAAGCUAUGUGUGGAAGAGGAAGGUGUACUCUUCGAGCGGAUGGCAUUGCUCAGGCCUGCCAUUUCAACUCUCGCCCCAUCCGCCAUGUCGACAUGGAUCGGUAUCGGCCGUCGUACAACGUCGCGCCGGGGUUCAACGUGCCGGUGGUUCGACUAGACGAUGGCGGUGGCGACGGCGUCGUUUCGCACUGCAUGAAGUGGGGACUAGUUCCUAGUUUUACUAAGAAAACUGAUAAAAUCGAUCACUUUAAGAUGUUCAAUGCGAGGUGUGAAUCGAUAAGACAGAAGGCUUCUUUUCGCCGACUUCUUCCAAAGAACAGGUGUUUGGUAUCUUUUGAAGGAUUUUAUGAAUGGAAGAAGGAUGGAUCUAAAAAGCAACCUUACUACGUCCACUUUAAGGACAGUCGUCCAAUGGUUUUUGCUGCUCUAUUCGAUUCUUGGAAAAAUUCAGAAGGAGAAACGCUUUACACCUUCACUAUUAUCACUACUUCAUCCUCGUCAUCUCUGGAAUGGCUUCAUGAUAGGAUGCCUGUAAUCUUGGGCAGCAAAGAAUCAACUGAUUGGUGGCUGAAUGAUUCUUCUUUGUCCAGUCUUGACAAAAUACUCAAACCAUAUGAAGAAACAGAUUUGGCCUGGUAUCCUGUUACACCUGCAGUUGGUAAAAUUUCUUUUGAUGGACCUGAGUGCAUUAAGGAGGUAAAACUGGAGGAGACCAAGACAAUCUCUCAGUUUUUCUCAAAGAAACAAGCAAGCAAAUCAGAGGAUCCAACACCUGAAAAAACACCGAUCAAAGAAGAGCUCCAGGAAUGUAUUGCACCAAAAAUUGAGAAAGAGGAACCUCAAAAUCAGUCUAAAGUUGAAAGUGCUGCAAUGAAGGAUGAAGCUAGUGUGAUAGAAGAACCAAAACAAGAAAUUGUGAAAGAGGAACCUUGUAGCCAAGAAGAAUCUGUUACAAAAACAGGCGAGAGUGAUACCAAAGAUGCAGAUCAUGCAAAGCCAUCUGCGAAAGAAACUGAUAGGCUAAGGCUACUGCACAUGAGUCCAAUCAAGAAAAGAAGAAUUGGGGCCAAUGAUAAACAAGGACAAGGUGCGGGUGAUAAGCAACCAACUCUCUUUUCCUACUUUGGUAAGAACUAAUAGUCGGUUGGUUUGUGGUUUUGUUGUAUUAGCACAUCUUAUGUAUAUAUAAGCUUAUGGAGAAUAUUAGCUGGAAGUUCUGAACUAGGUUAGAUUUACAAGAAUAGAUUCACUAGAAAUUUUUGUGUAUAACCAUCAUUAGGUUCUUGAUGGUUUAACGUUCUAGUAAUAUAUAUCUAAUUCUUGAACCUGUGUUA